AUGUCAAACCUCCAGCCCGCCAAGGGCAACGGCAAAGACCAGCCAGGGCUGCGGUACCCGACAAACGGCAAGACGAUCUACCACCGACCGCUCAACCGCACGAAGACCGCCGAGCUUAGCGGCUCCAGCUUCGCCUACCUGUUUUCCGAGAUGGUGGGCUACGCAUCCAAGAAGAUAGAGAGUAUCCAGGACCUAGAAAAACGGCUCAACGCGCAGGGCCACCCGAUCGGCCUCAAGCUCCUCGACCUGCUCCUGUACCGCGAGCCGCCGCGGUCGCAGACGCGGCCGCUGAACAUCAUCACGCUGCUGCACUUCAUCAAGAUCAACGUGUGGCAGCACCUGUUCGGGCGGGCGGCCGACGGCCUCGAGAAGUCGUCCGACCCCGCCAAGCCGGACGAGUACAUGAUCAUCGACAACGAGCCGCUCGUCAACCGCUACAUCAGCGUGCCCAAGGACAUGAGCCAGCUCAACUGCGCCGCCUACGUCGCCGGCAUCAUCGAGGGCGUCUGCGACGGCUCCGCCUUCCCCGCCAGGGUCACCGCGCACAGCGUCGGUAAGCAGGAGGAGGGCGAGAUGUGGCCUGGUCGGACGGUCUUCCUGCUUAAGUUCGCGCCUGAGGUUAUGGAGAGGGAGGGCUUUCUAGGGAAGGGCUAA